AUGUCGGAUUUGAUUGCUUCGAAAAAAAGAAAAAAAAAAGGGGAAGAUGAUUGUCCUGAAAUUUCUUUAGAAGUAGAAACAGAAGGUACAGAAAAAGAAGGCACAGUUGUAUUAGAGGUUGGUUGGCGAGAACGUGUACCCUUUGCAAUGGUGGCAGUAGGCAAGGAAGCACCCUUUGCGGCAGUUGGAGAGGAUGCACCCUUUGGGACAGCAGACGAGGAGGCACCCUUUGGGGCAGCAGGCGGGGGAGCAAUAGUGACAGCAGGCGAGGGUGUACCCUUUGCGGGUGAGGGGGCACCCUUUGGAAUGGUGACAGCAGGCGAGGGGGCACCUUUUGCAGGUGCUUUAACUGAUUGA